GGCAGCAGCCGUUGCUUCAGUGUUCACAGAAGAAACAAACAUGGAGGAAUACCCGACCAAGCAGCCCACCGAGAACCUGGACGACCCCCCGAACAGCCGGCUGUUCGUGGUCACCAGCCGCUCCAUCACCGAGGAGGCGCUGCGGGACGCCUUCUCCGUGUUCGGGGACAUCCAGGGCGUCUGGGUCGUGAAGGACAAGCAGACCAAGGAGUCCAAGGGAAUCUGCUACGUCAAGUUCUCCAAGUCCUCGCAGGCCUGCCUGGCCAUGGAGGAGAUGCACGGGAAGCAGCUGGCGGAGGCGUCCAAACCAGUCAAGGUUUUCAUUGCCCAGUCACGGUCGUCAACGAGACACAGAGACGUUGAGGAUGAAGAGCUGACCAGGAUCUUCGUCAUGAUCCCUAAAAGCUUCUCGGAGGAGGACCUCAAAGACACAUUCAAAGAAUAUGGUGAUAUUGAGUAUUGUGUGAUCAUCAAGAACAAGUUCACGGGGGAAAGUAAAGGUUUGGGCUACGUGAGAUACUACAAACCCUCCCAGGCUGCACACGCCAUAGAGAACUGUGACAAAACUUACAGGGCGAUCCUGGCUGAACCUCGCACCAAGGCUACAUCAUCAGAGGAUUACAGUGGGGGAUCCAACAGAGGGGAGUACAUGGGCGGUAACGACUCCAUGAACCAGUACGCCCCCCCAAUGGGUGACCCUGGGAACUACCAGGCCAUGGACUUCCGCUCCGGUGACUUCACGCGGAGUCUGAUGGUUUCCACGCGGGCGGCCGUCACUCAGGAGCAGAUCUUUGCACUGUUUGACAUCAUCCCUGGUAUGGAGUACUGCGAGCUGCAGAGAGACUCUUACGGAAUGAGCAAAGGUCACGCACUGAUUCGUUACAGUAACUUGGGAUCAGCAGUUUAUGCCAAAGAGAAGCUGAAUGGAUUUGAACAUCCACCUGGAAACAGACUGGUCGUAAAUUUCGUCGACGAUGGAGAAGACCGAAACAGUCCUGUAGGUCGGAUGGCGAUGCAGUUUGUUGCAGCACAGAUGAUGUCUUCAGUGUGGAACGGUCCCUCCAACAGUCAAGUGAUGAAACCUCCUGGUUUCUCCUCCGUCUCCUCAAUGUCUCGUGUUCAGACAGACGUCAACCUGCCCCCACUGAAGAAGCUCGCUCCCCCUGACAGCAAGACCAAGGAGCGCUUGUUUGUCGUGUUCUCCCCCGCCCAGCUGCCCCCCGAUGUGCUGGAGGACGUUUUCUGUCGCUUUGGUUCACUGAUCGAGGUCCAUCUGGUUCCAGGAAGGAAAGUAGGGUACAUGAAGUACGCAGAGAAACAGUGUGCAGACGACGCCCUGGCAGCGCUUCACGGUCGAGUCGUGAACGGAGUGAAGAUGAAGGUGAUGCUGGCUGAUCCUCCCAAAGAGGAGUCACACAAACGCCCUCGCACCUACUGAGACCUCCUGCCCGAAACCAGCGGCGACUGUUGUCAUGACACUGACACCUGACCUGACAGACCGACCGACAUCAAGCCCUCCUCCUGACCACUGACCUGACCUUUGACACCUGUCUGACCUUACUUCUGGCCUGUGACCUUGCCACGACUCACUGACAGAACAAGUGCACACGGAGCGUAAACCUCCCCAGUGUGUGAGCAGCAGCAUCAUUUCCUGUGUGUAGUCGUCUGUCACCAGUGUCCAGAUUCUAUGCUUCUUUUAUUUUAAGUUCAUAGUUUGAGCCACGACUAAAUGAUGAACAGUAGAACCACAGCAACAGCAGCACGUCUUCUUUUUUUUUAUAUCAACAGAAAAAGUUACUUUACUUUGGCAACAUUAUUCUUUUUGAGAACUUAACGCAGGAAUUGUAAAGCUGGAUCUGGACUAAUUAUUUCAGACAGGUCCUUAUUUUUUCUAUGUUGCUGUGACCUGUAAUCUCAUGUUUCGUAGAUUGUCCAUUUUCUUUCUGCCUUGAUGCAAAUAAAAAUUAGUUCCAAACA